UGAAACUGUCCAUAUCACAAAGCUAUCAAACCAUUAGCAUCGUAGCUGCUUUUCCUCCUGGGAAAUGUCGCGAGACGAGUAAUUCCGAUUGUACGGAGGCCGAGAGGACUGACUGAUUUGGUCAGUGGGGGGCGGUAGUGCGUCACCAAGUCACCCGCGAACCAUCAGACAAAACCAGAGAAGAAACACUCUGAGUUGACAGAAGUGAGGGGAAGUCGCCGAUUGUCUUUUCCAGUGAGUAAAGAUGCAGACACCGGCAGAGUCCAUCAUCCACAGCGGCUAUUUCCAUCCAACGCUGCGAUACUGGCAGACCUGCGUUGCAGAUUUAAGACCUGACAAUCUCAUCUACCCGAUCUUUGUCACAGACAGUGCCGAUGCUGUGGAGCCCAUUUGCAGCCUGCCGGGACAGGCCAGAUACGGGGUGAACAAGCUGGAGGGAAUGUUGCGGCCUCUUGUGGAGAACGGCUUGAAAUGUGUGCUGAUCUUUGGUGUGCCUGCAAAAAUAGAAAAGGACGACAAGGGUUCAGGCGCCGACACGGACGACACGCCCGCUGUACUGGCGGUGAAGAAGAUCAGGUCUUUGUUCCCGGAGCUGCUGGUGGCGUGCGACGUCUGCUUGUGUCCCUACACGUCACACGGACACUGUGGUAUCCUGAACGACGACGGUACUCUGAACAAUGACGCCAGCUGUCUGCGCCUGGCAGAAGUGUCGGUGGCCUACGCCCGCGCCGGCUGUCACAUCAUUGCUCCCUCCGACAUGAUGGAUGGAAGGGUCCGAGCCAUAAAACAUGCCCUGAUAUCGAACGGUAUGGGGAACAAGGCUUCAGUGCUGAGCUACAGUGCAAAGUUUGCUUCUUGUUAUUACGGCCCGUUCAGAGACGCUGCACAGUCCAAGCCGGCCUUUGGGGACAGACGAUGCUACCAGCUACCACCCGGAGCCAGAGGACUCGCCCUCCGGGCCGUGGAGCGAGACGUGAGAGAAGGAGCUGACAUGCUGAUGGUGAAACCAGGUCUGCCGUAUCUGGACAUCGUGAGAGAAGUCAAGGACAAGUUCCCGACUCACCCCCUGGCGGUGUACAACGUGUCGGGGGAGUUCGCCAUGAUGUGGCACGGAGCGCAGGCCGGAGCGUUCGACCUGCGGGCCGCUGUGAUGGAGGCCAUGACCGCCUUCCGCCGGGCAGGCGCUGACAUCAUCAUCACCUAUUACACGCCUCAGCUGCUCAGCUGGCUGAAGGAGUAAAGAAAGAAGAUGUGAGGCUACAGAAUGGCAAACAUAGAGAUGGGUCCACAGACAGGCUACCUUAAAAAAUAAUAAAGAAACUUCAUCAUGUAUGAAAACAAGAUGAAAAUAGCUUUACAUCUUUAUUUUUACUUUUCCUGUUCCAUUCUGGGACAAUACACAUAUCAGUAGGUUUAUCUGUUCAACUGUUUUUCCCAAUUUGUUUUUGUUUUAAGCUUUUGAACAAUCAGAAUGUAAAAGUUGACAAUCCUGUAAGUGUUUCCUGUCAGUAAAUUUCUCCUGUGUGUCGAUGGUAUCAGCAUUAAAUAAAUGUCUUUUAAUAAUGGGAUGUAGGAAUCGUGGGAACGUGAAUGUCUGAUGAGAUAUUUCUGCUUCUGGUUUCUGCUCAAUCACUGUCAUCCCCGAACAGACUCUUUGACCAAUAAAAUCAUUCAUAAACAGCCACAACAGGUGUGUGUGUGUUUAUAUUCAGACAU